AUGUCAUAUGCAGAUAGUGUGGAGCAGGCGGCUUCUGUAAUCAAGCAGCAGGCUAUUUUAAUUCAAAGGAAUCUUGCUCAGCGAAAGCUGAUGGAUGCUUUGAAACAUAUUAGCAUUAUGCUUACCGAACUUCGGAAUCCUUCGUUGACUCCUAAGCAGUAUUAUGAAUUGUACAUACUUGUGUAUGAUGCUCUCACUACUUUGUCUCAGUACCUAGUUGAGAAUCAUCCGAAGAGACAUCAUUUAGCGGAUCUUUAUGAGCUUGUACAAUAUGCUGGAAACAUUUUACCUCGAUUAUACCUAAUGAUAACAGUUGGAACGGCAUUUCUUCAAAUAGAGGAUUCUCCACGGGAGGAGAUUUUGAAGGAUAUGAUUGAGAUGUGCAAAGGGGUGCAGAAUCCUGUGAGGGGUCUGUUUUUACGUUACUAUCUAUCGCAGCGGACCAAGGAAUGGUUAUUACCUGAUACUCAAGAAGAUGGGAAUGAUGGUGAGGGUCAAGAAAAUGGAAAUAAAAAGUUCAAUGUUGAAUUUAUUAUUAAUAACUUCAUUGAAAUGAAUAAGUUGUGGGUUCGGUUGCAGCAUUAUGGCCCUUUGAGAGAACGGGAGUUGCGUACCAAGGAGCGUAAGGAGCUUCAGAUUCUUAUUGGAUCUAAUCUAGUGAGACUGUCUCAAAUUGUUGAAGAUGAUUUGAAGCUAUAUUGCGGUUUCAUUUUACCUCAGAUAUUGGAGCAAAUUGUUCAGUGCCGUGAUGUCGUAUCUCAAGAAUAUUUGUUAGAUGUUAUAUGCCAGGUGUUCCCUGACGAGUUUCAUUUGGCUACGUUAUCUGUACUCCUGGAGGUGACUUUGAAAUUGAAUCCGGACGUCUCAAUUAAUAAAGUUGUUUCAACUUUGAUUGAGCGUUUCAUUGGGUAUAUGGAUCGGCAAACCGUUGAUAUAGACUCUAUCAGAGAAACUUUCAAAAAGCUUUCCACCCAGGAUUCUACUGAAAAUACAGGAUCGGGCAUUACUAACUCUGGAGACCUUUUCUUUGUUUUCUGGAAUUACUUGGAAAAACUGUGUGAGGCUCGUCCUGAUCUACCCUUAAACGACUUACUACCACUUGUCCAAGGUAUAUUAAGGCUUUCAUUGAUUUGGUAUCCUGCUAAACUUUCUAACAUAGAUUGCUUGCUGAAAUUCACUGUCAAAAAGUGCCAAGAAAACGGAGGUCCUAAUGUGACGGCGGAUAGUGAAUACUUAUUCCAAGAUUUACUGUUAUCCUUAUCUUCCAACGAUAUCUUCUACCGUGUGUUAACGGAAUGCGACUCGUACCAAAAACUAUUAUCUUUGCAAAAUGUUGGUUUACAAAAGGUAAUAGUUAACUGCAUUCUUGAUACCAUUUUUAAAAGGAAUAUACGAAUAAGCAGUAAGUCCCAUUUGGAUAAGAUUUUGCUAAUUUGCCAGUCGAUCAUAAAAGUUAACAAUAUAAAGUUCCACACUUCUCCCCUGGAUGACUCUGAGCGCGCUGCUUCUCAAGAUGAUGAUAGUACCAGCUCAUUAUUAAAUCUUGAACAAGAGAAGCUGGCUCAACUGGUUCAUAUUUGUUACCAUAAAUCAAUUGAGAAGCAUGUUGAAUUGCUCUUGACGUGUAAAAGCUGGCUUUAUAAAGGGGGCAUUCAGCUACGCUACACAUAUCCAGCUGUUAUUGCUAGUUUCUGGAAGUUGAUUCAUAAAGCCAAAAUCAAAAGUAAGUUGUAUUCAAGCAGAAAGACUCGCUAUAAACAGCUGAGUAACCAAUUAUUCAAAUAUGUUUCACGCUGUCUCAACGACUUAUUUAACACCGUUGGUGUUUCUUGUUCUGAUAUGAUUUUCAAGUUGAAUCUCCAAACUGCAGCGAUAGCCGACCACCUAGGCCUUAGUGAGAUAUCCUAUGACUUUUUCACUCAGGCAUUUACGGUCUUUGAGGAGUCUCUGAAUGAUUCAAGGACCCAAUUUCAAGCCAUUGUGAACAUGGCACAGGUUCUGCAAAAAACACGUUCCUUAUACGUGGAAAACCAUUAUGAUGUGUUAGUAACACGCUGUACUUUGUACGGAUCUAAACUACUAAGGAAACAAGACCAAUGCCGUGCCGUAUAUCUGUGUUCCCAUUUGUGGUGGGCAACAGAAAUUCCCCUAAUUGGCGAAGAAGAAGGCAUUACUAAAACAUUCUACCGGGAGGGCAAACGUGUUUUGGAGUGUUUGCAACGUUCUUUAAGAGUUGCGGAUUCUAUUAUGGAUAACGUGCAGAGCUGCCAAUUGAUGGUAGAAAUACUGAAUCGCUGCUGUUACUAUUUCAUCCAUGGUGAUGAAUCUGCCACUCAUGUUGGAACAAAAUAUAUAAACGGCCUGAUUGAGCUCAUAGAGACCAACCUGAAGUCUUUAAAAAUGGAGGAAUCUGCUGAACUUAAAGAUGAUAAAACUAUGAAAGCCUCCAUCCAUACUAGACUUGUGAUUGGUAUCGAUGGAUCUUUUAUCAAUCUACCUACAGCCCCAACAGCUACACUGGCCGCAGUAAGCCAUAAGUCCCCAACUGUUCCGAUUUCUUCUCUUGUGUUAGUCGUAACCGAAUAUUUACAAAGGACUUUGAAAUACAUAGAAGAUCAAAAAUUAGUGGAUGAUAGAUUCAAAGCUAUAAUAUUGUAG